GACUUCAUCUGUCAGCUUUCACACGAACUUAGUCGAACGUUGUAUACAUCGAAAGAAGGGUGAACAUAGAUCAUGUCUAGCGCUGUGAAGACGCAAGCUGUGGCAGAGACCGUUGACAAGGACAGUAAACCCAUAACAGGCAGCACAGGUCCCACUGCGAACAUCACAGAGCCAGAUGGAUUUUUCGGGGUGCCCCACGGUGGUUCCUUCUCCCUGGACCCGGCUGAGGAGUACAGCAUGGAGCACAAGCAGCGCGGCACGGCUCUCAUCUUCAACCAGGAGCGCUUCUACUGGAAGCUGGGCAUGAACCACCGGCACGGCACCAACGCUGACCGUUACAACCUGGAGAAGAGAUUCAUGGAUCUAGGCUUUGAUGUGCAGGCUUACGAUAACCUCAAACUGGAGGAGGUCCUCAACACCAUCAGUGAAGCGUCGGAGGCCAGCCACGUGAACGCAGACUGCUUCGUGUGUGUGUUCCUGAGCCACGGCGAGAACGACCACGUGUACGCCUACGACGGCAAGAUCUACAUCCAGGAUGUGAUCUCGCUGUUCAAGGGGAACAAGUGCAAGAGCCUCGUAGGCAAACCCAAGAUCUUCAUCCUGCAGGCGUGCCGCGGCGACAAGCAUGACGACCCGGUGACGCCCAUGGACGUGGUGGACAGUGAGGUGAAGACUAACGAGGUGGUGGUGGAUGCCGGCGUGGUCCACACCCUGCCCGCCGGAGCAGACUUCAUCAUGUGCUACUCUGUAGCGGAAGGCUACUACUCCCACAGAGAGACCAUCAACGGCUCCUGGUACAUCCAGGACCUGUGUGAGGUGCUGCGGAGGUUUGGAGACUCGCUGGAGUUCACGGAGCUGCUGACGCUGGUCAACAGGAAGGUGUCACAGCGCACCGUGGGCAACAGCAACGACCGCAACGCCAUCGGGAAGAAGCAGGUGCCAUGUUUCGCCUCCAUGCUCACCAAGAAGCUCUACCUGCGAGCCAAGAAACAGUAGCUGCUGCCCUCCGGUCCUCCCUCCAUCCCUCCCUUUAUCCUGUCCUCCCUCCAUCCCUCCCUUUAUCUCCUCCUCCCUCCUUCCUCUCUUCCUUCUCCUACAGCUGUCUUCACCCAUGCUCUAGUUUGUGAGGGACUAGUAAUUAUUAGGGACCUUCUGUGGGUUAAACAGAUUUCCAUGACCAAAUAGUGUAGGGUUUUCAUGUUUUUUCUUUUUAAGCUUGUUUAUAAAUUUGUAUUUCUGUUGAAUACUUAACAAUCAUAACCAAUCACCUAUCAAUUGUUUCUGCUUGGGGAGACUAUAGUUAUGUCAUCACAUUGGAAUGAAAGUUAUAACUGGGUUAGGGUUAAUUGUUUAUUCUCAGUCCAGGGCUAACCCUAGCUCUAGGCCCAGAGUUGACCCUGGGUUAGUCCCAUGUCACACUGGUACCGUUUAGCCCCCUGUUUAGUCGAUUUACAGCAGAUAACCCCGCAAACUUCGGGCUAACCCUGCGCCAAAGCAGGAAAUCCCGAGGCUAAAGUCAGGGUUAGUCCACUUGGGAAUGUGCCAGGAUGGUGCCAGUGUGAACGCUUUGUUAGCCUGGGGCUUGGAAGGUUGAAAGAAUGCUCUUAGGCCUGGGCUAAGUGCGGUGAAAAGCCUUAAGAAUAACAUGUUUACCGCUUAAAUAGUCCUGUCACAUAUCGUAUAUGUGUAGCCGGUGUAGUCGGUGAAACUCACUCCUCAGGUAUGUAACAGGCCACCCGCAUCGAUUUAUGGCUAGCUUUUCGUUGGCGUGGCUGGUAGUGGUUGCGCUUGGAAGUCGAGAGGUGGCAAGUUCGACUCCCGGUGGGGGUGAACAUUGACCAUUGUGUCCGUUUUACCCUUUAAGACGACUUCCUCGUUCAACCAGUUUUUCCUGUAGAUUUCCUCAAAGCAGCCAGUGGAAUGUGUCGCUUUCACCUGCUAGAGAGAGCAGACAGUCUCACUGCAACAGCUGUUUCAGAUGAAUGGUAUGCCUGAUGAGAGUUGAUCUGACCUGACCUGAAAGAGCAGACCUUUCUUCUAAUGACAGAUGAAAUCAUCAUGUCACACACAUUCCCUGGACCCUCUGGGAUGUCAGAAAAAGGACUUAAUGUCGCUGUGUUUGUAUUUCGAUGUGAUGCAGCUAACCGUCUACUGUUCCAAUGUUAGCUGUGUGCACCUGUUUCGUACCCCAGCCUAGCACUGCAGAACAACUCUGGUACGAAAAGUAGGAGGCUGCCUGAGGGACCUGUCACAUGGUCCAACACAAAACUCAGGAAGCCCAAAACACACAGUCCCAGUCCCCAGAGCAGAACCCCUAGUGCCAUCGUUUAAAUAAAUCGACAAAGCGUCUUAAUUGUCUUUCGACGACCAAUUCCUUCGUCCUUAUGGUUUGUAGCGUGACAACUCUUGUUGCCAGCGAGUUGUGUAUUAAGUACUGUAAAACCUGUUUAGUUACAAGCUGUAAGGAGUGACAGACAUACAGGUGCGUUUGUUUAACAUGAACUGACAAACUCAGGUUACUUUACCAUUAUAACGUGACAGACAAUGACCAAAUCAGGUCAUCUGUUUUUAUUCAAAUGUUUAAAUCAUAGGACACAACACUAAAGAUGUCAGCACACGAGCAACAGUUAAGUCACUUAGAAGGUGCUGGACACUUUGUAUUAUAUUUUUGUGAGGGGACCGAAAGAGGGAGAUUUGUUGACCAGUCACAGAUGACCACAGUGUAACGCUAGUUUCUUUAGGGGUGAUGAGUUUUAUACACUUUUAUAGACCUGACAGAGGGAGCGGUGUUUUCCUGGUUCUUUUCCAGUCGUGUUUGUUUUGUGUUGUGGGUGAGGUGGUUUGGGGUUCUCCAUCAUUUAAAGAAACUUCUGGAUUGAAGUGCAAUAAAAAAUAAAAAAAAAGAUUUAUGGAAUUCAUUUUUUUUUUUUUUACAUUGAUCCAGAACAAUCCACACAAACACCGGGGUACAGAACAUACGGUACACAGGAAAUGCAGUCACAUUUUUAUUUAAAUACUUUAGUUUCCUUCAAUUGUAAACAAAACACAAAAUGAUUUGCAGGACCAGUAAUAAAAGGCACCAUUAUCAAAAUAAAGAGAAAUAAAUGAG